UUACUCGGGAGACAAAUGAUGUAACACGUGGAAAGUUCCGGAUUGUCUAAAGGUCGCUGAAUAUAAAGCGGCGUGACAGCGUCAGUGUGUAUUUAUUUAAACCCGCAGGUAAACUUACCUAAGUGUUCAACAUGCCGAGAGGAAGCAGAAGCCGGACGUCCAGGAUGCCCCCUCCAGCCAGCCGGGCUCCACCAUCCCCUCCACCUAUGGCCCGGGCUGCUCCCCCUCCCUCCUACGCCCCGGCUCCGAUGCAGGCGCCUCCGUCCGCUGUCAGCACGCCAGCCGCAGCGCCCAGGCAGCCGGGUAUGUUUGCCCAGAUGGCGUCUACAGCCGCUGGGGUGGCAGUAGGCUCAGCGGUAGGCCACACAAUCGGUCACGCCAUGACUGGAGGUUUCAGCGGAGGACACUCAGAGCCUGCCAGGCCUGACGUCACAUACCAGGAGCCAUACCAGGCCCAGCCUGUGUACCAGCAGGGGGCCCCUCAGCAGCAGCAGCAGCAGCAGGCCUGCUCCUACGAGCUCAGGCAGUUCGUUGAGUGUGCCCAAAACCAGAGCGACCUCAAGCUCUGCGAGGGCUUCAGUGAGGUGCUCAAACAGUGCAGGUUUGCUAAUGGUCUGUCAUGAGAAGAGAUGCUAUCUGCAGAAUGAAGAUCACAUCUCCUUAUUAAAGAUACUGAGAGGGUGUAAUUCACAAUCAAUAAACAUGUUUUAAUGAUCAAUUGUCAUCGACAGCCUCAUUUCUCAGACUGCUGCAGAGCUUGUAAUCAUAGUCUUAUAAAUAAUGUUUAUAUAUUUUGGUUUUAGCUCAUGUUUGAGGUUUAUUUUCAGUUGUCAGUGCAUGCUUUUAAUUUAAAUCCUGUCUCAUGGCAAGACUUGUAGAGAGAAAAAAAGGCCACUUUCACCUUCUGGCUGCUGGGUUUGAUUCAGACUAAUAAAGCACUUGAAUUAAAACGAGA